AUGAGGGAAUGGAAUACAGGGGUUCACUACCCUUCUCUAGCCAGUAUCUGUGCUCAGCGUGUGACGGAGGGAGAGAGAGGUUUUUUGAUGAGCACUCUCGCUUGUGGAUGCUAUCUAGGGAUGCUUGUGGUUGGAGUUGCGGGUUCUCUGAUGCUGGACUUAGCUAGCAUUAUAGUACAAAUACUGAGUCCAAUCAAACACACUGUUUGGGCUUAUAUUUGUUUUGAAUGCACAGGUCCAGUUUUCUCCUUUGACUCAUUGUGGAUCAGCAACAGUUGUGUAUCUGAAUCUCAACCAGCAGCAUCUAGAACCCAUUGGCUGAAUCUCCUCAUAGAGCCUUGUGUCUGGGCCAUGGUCAUUGCUCAUCUCUGCUUUAGUAGCACCUAUUACACCCUCAUGUCAUGGCUACCAACUUUCUUCAAAGAGACAUUUCCUCAUGCCAAGGAUUGGGUGUUUAAUAUGAUCCCUUGGUUUGUGGCCAUGCCCUCUUCACUGUUUGGAGGCUGCAUCUCUGAUCAUCUCAUUAAGCAUGGGUUUGGAAUAGCAGCUGUAAGGAAAAUGAUGCAGUUCUUUGCAAUGGGAGUAGCCAGUGUGUUCAUCUUCUUUCUCUGUAAGAUGAGCAAUUUUAUCCAGGCAGUUGCUUGUGUUUCUGUUGCUGUUGGCCUGUCCGCCUUUAACAACAGUGGGGUGUCCACAGAUGUGCAUGACCUGGCACCAUCUUGUGCUGAAGUUCUGUUUGGGGUUAUGAACACCUGUGCUGCUUUUAGUGGUGGAUUAUGCACCUGUAUAUCUGGGUACAUGAUCGAGAUCACAGGUUCCUGGGUAACUGUGUUCUCCCUCCUGGCUCUGGUGAAUGUCAUUGGUGUUGCCAUAUUCAUUGUGUUGAGCGACGCAAAGCGGGUUGACCAGCUGAAUGAGCCUCAGAUCAUCUGA